AUGUCCUCUGGAACAGAACCUGCCGUUGCGAUGUACCAGUGUGGGUUUUGCAAGGCGGAGUAUGUUCGUGCUGACCACCUUGUUCGCCACGUGCGAGGCCACACCAAGCAGCGUCCGUUCAUCUGCACUAUGUGCGGAAAAGGCUUUGCAAGACAAGACUUGUUGAAACGUCAUGCUUCGACGCAUAAUGGCGAAUACGUCGCCAGCUCAAAUGCAGAAGUCACUAAUCUAGCUCAGCUGAGACGAUACAACCAUCGAGUCCACCAAGCCUGCCGCUCAUGCGCCUCGAAAAAGGUGAAAUGUACCGAUCAGAAACCCUGCAAAAGAUGUCGAGAAAGUGGAAUUGCCUGCGAUUACGAACAAGGACUUGGCUCACCCAUCCAAGAUCAUGAGAGCCGUGAAAAAGGAAUGCCCGAAGCUGAGGCCCAUGAUCAGUCGCUGAUGCUUGUGGAUUCUACCUCACUGGAGCAUGGCUUAGAAAACGACUUGAACUUUGGACACUUUCACGACAACAACGUCGCCGCCAACGUGGUGAGCCAAUCUUCUACUGUGGAUAUACCACCAAUCAACUCUACACCGUCUCAAAUUGAUGUCAUGCAAGAUAUUCUAGGCAGUACUUUGACUCUCCCCGACUUUGGAGAUUUCAUCGAGAUUGAUCCAAAUCCUAUUCUAGACGACAUGGACUUUUCAUUCUUGAAUAAUACCGCUUUAAACACUUCUCAGCCAUCUCCUGCUUAUCUGGAACCCUCCCUGGCCUCAGAUUCAAGUCCAAACUCGUCCACAAUGGGGGCAGGUGCCGAGGCAUACCGCAGGUCCCGUGUCCACAGGGGCUGGGAGCCUGGACUGGAGGAAAAUCACGAGUUGGAACAUCAAAAUCUGGUAUUACCUCACAACAUGCAACCUGGGUGCUUGAAUUCUACGUCUGAGAUGACUUCAAUGACCAAAAAGCCCUUGUCGCUGUCAAUGAGGGAUCGCAUACUGGCUAUGAUACUUCGGACGGCGUCAGCCCAAGCCGUUGAACGCACUGUUGCAUCAUUUCCCGCGGUUGAAGUAUUGAGGGAUCUGAUUCAUCUUGCUUUUGUACGUAUGAGGAAUCUUCAAGCCAUCCCUGUGAUCCAUGUGCCCUCUUUCGACCUGAAUGGACAGCGGCCAGAACUACUGGCAGCAUUAAUUGCUUACGGCUCCAUUUACUCCCCUUCUCCGUCUGUGCGGAGAUUUGGUUACGCAAUUCAAGAGACUGUUCGGAUUGCCGUGAAUCAAUUGGUUGAACAGCAACAUGCAACGCUGCGGGAACAUGACGUCUGUCAGGCAUUCUACAUGCAAUUAUACCUGGCAUACUACAGUGGCAUAAGUCGGAAGAUUGAGAUGGCCGAGUGCAUCUCGAUGCUCGGCGUCACUGUUCUACGUCGAGGUAAAAUGCUUCAGACCCAGAAUUAUGUCCCUCCGGAGGAAUUUCUGAACCUUCCAGGACUCUCUCUGCAUGAAAAGUGGCUCAAGUGGGUUGACCAAGAAUCCCGAACACGUCUUGUCUACUUUGCCUUCACGCUGGACGCCCAUAUCUCUGCAUCACGCAACAUCAGCGUUCUAUUCCCAUAUUCGGAGCUGGAGGCACCUCUACCGACAGCAAAAAGGUUGUGGGAGGCUGGCUCUGCCACGAAGUGGAGGGACGUUCUCCAACACGACGUCGAUCUUCGGGGCAACCUGCCGCCCUCACUCAGUGCGAUAUUGCGCCACCCUUCUCUGAGUAUCAGGCACAAAUCGAUUGCGGACAUGACAUGUACUGCCCUUGCUUUCCUGGCAGGCUUCUGGGCCUUGGUCCACGAGUAUCAGCAGAUGAAUACCAUUCUGUCGUCGGGUCAGUCAUGGAAUGACUUUGUGCUCAACUCAAGAUAUUCAGAAAUGAACUCGACACUAGAACAGUUCAGAGCCGAACUCGCCGAUCUGGAUGAUGUUCGUCCAGAAGUGUUGAUUGUCCAAGAAUUCAUGGGGCUUCACCUUAACGUGUCAUUUUAUGAGCUUUCCAAAUAUGCCGGAAUUGGCACCGACGAGGAUGCUCAACUGGCCUUUCCAUACGUCCAAAGGUGGUUUGAGAGUCCUCAAUCUCGCGCUGCGCUUUGGCAUGCUGGACAAAUAUUCCGGGCGACCAGGUUGCUCCCAACUGGCAGUCUGACAGAUGUGUACGUGAUCGCACUGUACCAUGCUGCCAUCACCCUCUGGGUCUGGGGCAUGCUUUUCCGAGGUCAGGGCUCGACACUGGGUGUCAAUUCGCAGAAAGUCUCUCUGGAUGGUGAGGAGAGCCCUGCAGUCUUCAGAUAUCUGAAAGCAUCGCGCGCUCUACCAGGUUUGACUGCUAGCUCCGGCGACUUUUUGUCUCUGGACAAUUUAACCACCGCGCCUGAUCUCGCCAAUGAUAUUGUCAUGGCAAACUGGUGCUUAGAACCGCUGCCAUUGACAGCGGAAGAAGUUUCUCGACUGAUGCAGGGCAUUUCAACGAUUUGUCGACAAAGAUUCAAGGCGGUUCUUGGAUGA